AUGUCGGCGCUUUCAAUGACCACGACUUCUGGUGAGUGGGACUGGGAACUCUUAAAAGCUACUAUUCCGGAGCAUAUUUGCCAUCGAAUCGCAGCAAUUUGUCCACCAAACUUGACGCUUGGUAAGGAUACGCCUGGAUGGAAUUGGGAGUUCUGGUCCUUGGAAGGAGGUUUGGAGCAUAAAAACACCACAAGAAUUAGAACCUUUCUAUGGUUAGCUCUCCAUGGAAAAUUGUUGACCAAUGGAGAACGUUACCGUCGACAUCUUGCCUCUUCUGCAACUUGCUCCCUAUGCCAAAAUGAUGAUGAGGAUAUGGAUCAUGUGCUUCGAAAAUGUCCUUCAGCUUUUGCGAUAUGGCGUCGAGUAGUUGAUGCAAACGAACUUCUGGAAUUCAUGGAGUUUUCAAAUGAAGGAUGGCUUGUGGUUAAUCCAAAUUAUGUUGAGCAUGAAGAUAUACUGGUUCAAAGUGUGAGGCCUAUAAAUGAAAUAAUGGCAAACAUGGAAUCUGGACUAAGUGGUCGAGUGGUUCACCUUCUGUUGAAAGGUGGAAAUGACCUGCUGAGAACUGGGUUAAGGCGAACGUCGACGGUGCUGUUAGAGGACAGAUGA